AUGAACCAUAUGGAGAGCCUUUAUGCCAAACUCUAUGAUAAGUACACUAAACUCAAGAGGGAAAAAGAGUCGGAAAUGGAGAAGCUCAAUCGUGAACAAGAAGUGAAGUUUCUGAAAUAUGUGUCUGCUGCAGAUGAAAUGAUAGAAUAUUUAAGAGGUGAAAAUGACACGUUGCGUGCACAAGUCAAUGAUUUGAGAAGUGAAGUGGCCUCAGUAAGAUCUACAAAGGAUGAACAACAUGCUGAGUAUCAAAAGCUUUUGAUACAAGAGAACCAGAGGAAUAAAGAGCUUUCGGAAGAAAUUGAAAGACUCCGUAACCUACAACGAGAAGGACUAUGUUGCAGUGCAAGGGUUGCCAAUACUGAAAGUAGACAAUUGAAUACACCCGGGGGUGUUCAAGUUGGAUCAGAUGCAUCCAGUGGCUUAGACAUAGCAACAAGAAAACGUACCAGAAGUUCUAGGACCGAGACAGAAAUGAAGAAACGUAGCAGACAUUCUAUGAUUGAGACUGAUGUUACAGUUACUCCUAGUACUAUUGAUGAACCUGACAACAUGCCAGUAACAGAUCCAUUAGACAAAUUACGCAAGCAAAACAUGUCCAGUAGUGCUCUUUUGAAUAUAAAUCUGGUACAUAUGCCUGAAUGCUGUAGGAGAACAAUUGACGAUUCCGGUGAUGAUGCACAAUUCACUGGUCCUACCAAGUGCAUGUUUCAAGAUCUUGUUGAGUGCUUAAUUGGAAUGAAAUUAUCCACUGUCAGUCAAGAAGAUGAAAUCUGUAUAUCGGCCCUUCAUCAAUCCAGUGGUUAUUCUUUCAGUUUAACAUGGAUAAAAAACUCAUUCGGAGAAACAGAGUUGCUAUACCGUGUGUCAUCUCUGGGGACAUUUGAGAGAGUGGCACCCGAGUGGAUGAGGGAAGUCCUGAUGUUCAGCACCAGCAUGUGCCCUAUUUUCUUUGAGAGGGUAUCCCGUGUUGUAAAAUUUUCUCAUUGACAUUUUAUUGUGUUUUUAUUCUCUGCUAACAGAACUUAAAUUUCAGACUACUGAGCAUGUAUGCUCAUAUGCUCUUUUCUUUAAGCUGCAAUAUUCCCAGAUGUUAAACUGCAAUCUGUAUAUCUGAGUACUAUGACAUGGAAUAAUUUUCCAAGUUUAAUUUGGGGUGUCCAAAG